AUGAUCUUUUCUUCUCGUGCUGUGUUUUUACCAAAUAAUUAUCAUUCAAAAUGGUUUCUUAAUUUUUUAAAACAACCAUGGCGUUGUUUUGGUGGAUUAGAUACAUCACCAUCUAGUGUUAUGAGAAAUGCUGAAGUUCAAACUAUUUAUUCACAGACAUUAACAAUACCAAAUCAAGGUCGUUUAGAAGUUCGAUGUCCAUUUAAUCUCUAUAUAACACCACUUCAUCAAAAAGAUUUUCCAAGACUUGAUAAAGCUUUUUUUACUAUUUAUGGUGAUAGUGGUUUUCAAUUUUCAAAGGAAGUAUGGAAUAAAUUAUUUCAAUUUUCAACUGUAUUUAGUCCUGAUGAUCGAACUCUUCGUGUUAUGGGUGGAUUUACAGAAGCAGGUGAAAAAGAAUUAGGUGAACAAGCUCAUACAUUAGAAGUUUAUUGUCAAAUUCCUCCACAUUACGAAGUCGAUAUUAAUUGUUCGGAUAAUAAUAAUGUUAAUGUUGAAUAUUUGCAAAGUCCUCGUGUUCAUAUUCAAACAAAACGUGGUGAAUGUUCUUUAAAAAAUAUAGUUGCAGACAGUAUUGUUGUACACAGUCAAUCUGGAAAUAUAACUUGUUCUGGUUCAUUACAUGGAACUAUCGAUUUAAGUACGGAAAGAGAUGGUAUAAUCAAAGCAUCGAAAUUACAAGGUCCUUUUGUUCGAUUAAAAGUUGAAAAUUCUGAUAUUCGUGCAAAAAGUAUUCAUUCGGAACAUUUUUUUAUUCAAGGACAACAUGGGAAAUUUCGUUUGGGAAAUUUACAUGGUCAUGGAAUACUGGAUUUAAAUAGUGGAUCAAUUAGAAUAGGAUCUGUUGAUGGUGAUGUUAGUCUUCAAUGUGAAAAAGGUGAUGUGAAUGUAUUUUUUUCAUCUACAAAUUCAUCGACAAUACGUGUUCAACAUGGUGAUGUUCGAUUAGGUGUUAUUGAUACUGUAAGUGUUCGUUUAAAUCUUGUUGGUAAACGUGUUCAAGUCGAUGAAGAUGCUGAACAUUUUCAUAUGAAUACAACAAAACAAGGAGGUAUUGUUCAAGUACAAGGUUUUAUAACAGAAGAAUCUUCUGGUUCAUCAAUUGAUGUUAAUGCACCAAAGGGUACUAUUCAACUUGAUGUACGAGAUUGGUUUUCAACAUUAAAACUUCAUCGACAUGUUGAUCAAUAA